CAGAGCGUAGAGCGUAGGGAGCGCCGCUGUUUGAAUGCUGUGCGGAAACAGACAGCCUCGCAACCGACUUGAAGAGUGAACCGCAGCGCAAUGCAGUUAGCUAGCUAAAGGAUUAAUUUUGGUGUAAUCAGUGUAUUUUAACGUUUUGGGGAGAGGUAAACAACUAUUUUAAGUUGUGUGACACCGACACGCUGUUUUGUUUUUUUUUCUAUUGAGGCUCGUUAAUGAGCAUAUGUGACUUGCUAACCUAGCUGGCUAACGUUAGCUAGCUAACUGCAUUGCAACCGAAGCAUGAAGUGACCAUAAUGUAACUUUGGUGUAGUCUUUAGCAUCUCCUUGAGACUUAGUAACUUUUUAGUACUUACUAUCGAGGUUACAGUUGGUAAACUGUUGUGUAGAUCAAGCGUCUUGUGAGCAGUUAAAAUCCACGAGAGGAUGAGUUAGCGUCAGCAGUCUGAAGAAAGAAAAUAAGUUAAGAGAGGCUCGGGUCAGGACGGAGCUGAUACAACUGCUAAUGCCAGUUUACUAAGGUCCUGACAGAAGAGAGUGAACGGAUUGUUGCAAAGUUAAUUUGAAAGUACAAGAUAGAGGUGUAAAAUGAAAGUCAUGGAGAGAAAUGUCAUGCGUUUAGUGGCUGUGCAGCACCUCCGCUCAGCGUACGGGAUAAAGACAAAGAAUUGGAACAAAAACAAAGCAGCCAGUUGUAAGUCGGCAGCCAGCAACUCGACAAAGGUUUUUGGGAUAUCCCUGGAGAGCUUACCAUACUAUAAUAUGGAAUGUGGGAGCGUGCCAAGCUUUCUGGUUGACGCAUGUAUGAAGCUGCUGGCACAUGUCGACACAGAGGGCCUGUUCAGAAAAUCAGGCUCUGUCAUUCGCCUGAAAGCACUCAGGGCGAAACUGGAUGCCGGUGAGGAGUGCCUGUCCACUGCACUUCCUUGCGAUGUUGCCGGUCUGGUGAAGCAGUUCUUCAGGGAGCUGCCGGAGCCUGUGCUACCCACAGAGCUGCAGGAGGCCUUCCUCAAGGCCCAGCAGCUCCCCACUGAGGAGGAGAGGAUUUCUGCCACCAUCCUGCUGUCCUGUGUGCUGCCUGAUAGAAACCUUUGUGUUCUGCGUCACUUUUUCGACUUCCUCCAUAAUGUGUCUAAGAGGAGUGCAGAGAAUAAGAUGGAUAGCAGUAACUUGUCUUUAAUAUUGGCUCCCAACCUCCUUCACUCUGGAGAUGGCACAGAGAAGAUGAAUGCCAACACUGAGAAGCGCCUCAAGCUUCAGGCAGCUAUAGUACACUGCUUCAUAGAGAAUGCCCACAACUUUGGUGUGUUACCACAGUUCCUUCUAGCGAAGGUUCCAGCCAUGUUGGGAUGUGAGGCCGGGGUUCUGUCGCCUACUCACGAUGAACUUGAGGAGCUGGACUUUAACUCAGGGAUGAAAAGGAGACACAGGCGCAGCUUCGGAGAUAUGGUCAAUGGUGCUCUGAAUAAGAUAAAAACUAAUAGAACACCCACACAUGCCACCCAGUCAGACAGUCUUGUCUUUUCUUCCGCAACGCCUGUGAUUGCAACGCCGACAUCCAAGCGAAAGCUUCCUUUGGAAUCUGGUCACUCUUUUGGAUUCUCAAACAAGAAACGUAGAUCUGUCAAAAAGAAUCUUGGAAUAGAUUUACUUCCCAAUUCAUUGUUCAGCGGAGUCUCCACUCCUGGAUCAGCUUACAGUGCCUCAGGGGUCUUGGACUCUUCCCAAAAUGCCCUGUCCUCAGCAGGGAGGUCCAGAAGGCAGCCAGCUACCUCUGCAAGGAGGAAGAGUCGACGACUUAGUAACAGACAUGCUGUCAACAGAGUUGAAUCUGGAAAAGCUGGCUGCUUUUCUCCCAAAGUCGGCAAAAAAGAAGCACCACGCAAGUCUCUCCGCUUGCGCUUUAGCCUGGGGAAGAGCAGCAAAGACGCUGGAUCUGAGUCCAUUGGCUGGCGACUUGCCACUCAAGAGAGCACCACCAGUUUCCGUUUCACCAAAGAGACAGAGUUCAGUCCAUCAGUUCUCCCUAGAAAAACUGAAGGCAAGAGCACCAAGCACAUCAGUAAGUCUGAGGACAACCUGCUGACACCCCAAUGUGACCCAAGUGCUCACCGGACCUCAUGGAGUGGGGAAACCCCUGUAGGAGCCCAGGCUUUCAGCGGAGGGUCUUUCACAGAUACGCCCAUGAACAUGUGCCUAAAGAACAACUACAUGUCUGAGCCAGCUAUUGUCAUACCCAAGUCCCCAGCUGUGACCAGGCUUCCCAAGAAGCUGUGUUGUGCCUCCAGCGCCGAGAGCCUCGAGAGCGAGAGCUCCAUCAUUGAACCUCGGAGCCAAACCGGUCGCACCCUGCUGAAAAUCAAGAAGGCCUUCACAGAGUCAGGCAGCGACCUCCAGGGUGUCGUACAAGACUCCUUUACUGAGGUGAAUAAAACAAACCCGUCAGAUAGCAGCCUAGUCCUUCCACCAGGGACUCCCACAGUCAAAGUUCUGUCUGUGGACACUGAAGCCUCCAGGUUCCCAACUCAGCAGAGCUUUCUGACUAGUGAACAGAACAUUACCUUUGGCCAGAUUGAAAUUGCUGCUUUGUCUCCUUUGCAUAUUGAUAGUGUAAUAUUUGAAUCUGGUGCAUACUGUUGUCCAGCAGUAAAGGCUGAUAAAAGUUCUCUUAGUGCAGUUCCUAUCAGUAGCCUUAAUAGCUCCACGGUGGGAGACAAUGAAAGUGAGGCAGAGCAGGUGAACUGCAGCAGGUUGAUUGAUGCGCUGGACAUCCAGAGUCCAGCUCACUUUAAACUGGGUGUCACCUCUGGGCUACAGUCCACUCCAUACAGGGUGGGCCUUGAACUCGGGCACGAUCUUGCUACACCUCCUAGACUUGGUACUGAAGUCAGCAUGGUACACGUAAAAGAAGAAUUUUCCCCGGAAAUUGCUACCAAAGCCCAAAACCAACAACCGCUGUCACCACGCAGCCAGGAGACCGAAAAGUACCGUGUGGCAGACCACAUUCAACACUUCAACAAGCUCACCCUUCAUUCUCCCAGAGGCUCCAAGGCCAAACAAAUCAUGUCACCUCUCAAGUUCCAGCGCACCCCUGUGCGUCAGACUGUCCGCAGGAUGAACUCUCUUCUGGAAGAGGGCAGGAGACCCACUAGAACUGCCAAACUCACCGACAGCCCGAGCGCUCAAGUGUUGAAGGCGGUGAGUCUGGAGAGCGGCCUCUCCCCUCACCCGCAGCUUCAGCCUCACCAGGGAGAGCCGCAACUGGGACGGGCCAACAGCAUGUGCCCCAUAAAGAAACCACCUCCAGUCCCACCCAGAAAGCCAAGCAUCUUGGCCCGUAAACCCAAGCCCUGUGCUUUAGGCGACGUGACCAACAAGGUCCAACCAAAGACCAAAGUGGACUCUAGUGUCCCUGAUCCAUCAGGAGCUCAGAAGCCUCUUGUGCAGCAGGUCGCAGAGAAAGACAUGAACCAUUACAGAGGUUCACCCAGGAACCCUCUCAACCAAGCACGACUGAUGUCUGCCACCAAGCCUGUAGAUUUAUAGUUCAUAUUCUUUUUGCCUUUUCUGUUUCCUCUUACUAUGCAGAGCUCUGUCUGGUAAAAGUACAUGACAUUAAACAUACUGAUUUGUUAUAUCCAUAUUUUCAGGGUUUUAAUUUAUUUUUAAUUACAGUAGGUGCUGUUUGUGUUUUGUUAGGGCCUUAUUGGGAGAUGUCCAAAUGCCUUAUUGUUUUACUCUAGUAAAACAAGUUUAGAAACUAAAUAUUGACACAUAUCAGCCUACAAGAUUAUGUUAAGUAGUGUUUAGACUAUAGUGUUCAGGCCAAAUUAUGUGACGUGAUUGAUGGUAUGACUGGAAAUAUUUUGAUCAAGUCUUAAGCUUUUAUUUAUGCGUUUUUAUAUCUAAUCCUUAGUUAGAUCUUUACUGUUCACUGAAGUUGAAGCUGUGUCUUUUAUUACAGAAUAUUGUCUUACUAUUUUUGUCAUGAGCAGAGAGAAGAAAAUGUGCACCUUUUUUGUUGGAUUUUAAAAAAAGAAAAGCCAAGCAGUAUUGAUCAAAUCAUCUGUCUAUUGCAGUCCAUUGAUUUCAAAAACAUCAAACAGUAAAAUGCUUUGCAAUGUGAACUGCUCCAGACCAAUAAAAUCAAACAACUUAUGUAACCUUC